GUCGCAAUAGCAGGGGCUUGUGUGUGAGCCCGGUCUACACCCACAUGGAGAUCGCAAAUGAAUACCGGAGGCAACGGGAGAUGUCGCCGUUUUGGAACGGGCCACUUUGGGAGACCUUCUAUUCGCGCUACACUCGGACAUGCACGCUAUGCUCAACAUGCAAUGAUUAUUAUUGGAGACGAAAUAUCAACAUACCGAUAAGCGAUCGUGGUAGGGUAGAAAAUGCAUCGAGGUGCCCGAGGAGUGCCUUGGAGGUCUUAGCAGAAAGCCCUUACUCACAACUUGCUACUCCUCCUAGGAUCGAAAGCGCUGAAGGAGAAGUCAUUCUGCGAUGGCUUGAGUGGGCCCAACGCCGUGCACAUGGUGAAGGUCUCGGAUGGCGCAAAUGGAUUUCCGAGUAUGGUUACGAACGCCCUGUUGGUCCUGAAGAACGGACGGCAAUCGAGGAUAAUGCAAUUGAUGAGCCGAAUUUAGAAGAGGGGAAGAUUCUGACGGACUCGUCACGCUCGGAUGAAUCAUCGGAGCUGGACUUCACUGAGGAGCACUUGCACUCAGCGAAUGCCGGUGUAAUUCUCCGUUCGUGGCUCGCCAAGGCGCGUGUCGCGGUCGCGAGCAAACCAGCGCCUCUCCCACGAGUAUCGGAUAAGUGGUUGACUCAUCAACAGCGGGCUGUAUAUUCGGAUAGCGAGAGUUCUCCAGCCUCUUCGCAACGUGAAAUGAUACCUGCCAGCGUUGUUGAGUAUGGUGGAGAUGAUGACUUGAUCCAUGGAGUCACUGAUGCCUAA